AUGGCUCAUUACUACGACUUUUGCCAAUCGGAUUCUGACACCGGAGAUGAAGACCGCGACCGUUUUGCGGAAAUCACCGGACAAGAUUUUCUGAAUUUCAGAAAAGAGACAUCAACGCCAAAACCAAGGCCAAUUGGAAUUAAUUUAACCAAUUGCAGAUAUGACAGUGUGCGUCGGGCUGUCCGGCGUUGUGGGAUGAAGGAGGUCGAGGAUGGAGAUGAAUGGGUGGUUUACUGGUCAGACACGUCUACGUCCCUGCAGCGCAUCAGGGCAAUGGAAAGAUAUCAGAAAAUCAACCACUUUCCUGGAAUGAAUGCGAUCUACAGAAAGGACUUACUGGCCAGGAACAUGAACCGCCUGCUAAAGCUGUUCCCCGAGGAAUACAACAUCUUUCCCCGGACCUGGAGUAUGCCAGCCGAUUAUGGAGCUUUCCAGGACUACGGCCGCAUCAACAAAGGAGAGACCUUCAUCUGCAAGCCGGGCACAGGCUCCCAAGGCACAGGAAUAUUCUUGACCCACAACACGAAGGACAUUAAACGCUACGAUAAAGUGGUCUGUCAGCAGUAUCUCGGCAAGCCAUUCCUCAUCGAUGGAUUUAAAUUUGAUCUGCGGAUAUAUGUCCUUGUCACAUCUUGUGACCCCCUGCGUGUUUAUAUGUAUAAAGAGGGUAUCGUACGCUUUGCGACAAUAGAUUACAUCGAACCCAGCCACGCCAACCUGAAAAAUGUCUUUAUGCAUCUCACAAAUUAUUCCAUCAAUAAAAACAACAAAAACUUCAUUAGAGAUGACAUCAAAGGAAGUAAAAGGAAAAUUUCAACUCUUAACAGCUGGCUGGAAAAUCAUGGCUACGAUACCGUAAAGCUCUGGGGAGAUAUUGAGGAUGUGGUCAUCAAGACCCUGAUUUCUGCCCAUCCUAUCCUGAAGCACAAUUAUCGGACUUGCUUCCCAAACCAUCUUGCUGGUAGCGCAUGCUUCGAGGUCCUUGGAUUCGACAUCAUCCUGGAUAAAAAUUUGAAGCCAUGGCUACUAGAGGUGAAUCACUCCCCAAGCUUUAGAACAGAUUCAUGUUUAGAUCGAGAGGUCAAGGAUGCGCUCCUGGAAGACACCCUUAAUUUGAUCAACCUUCGUGCCUCCAACGAAGCAAAAGUCACUGAGGAAGAUAGACGUCAAAGAGCAAAAGAACGUUUAUUCCGGUGUACCCUCCCUAAGGAAGCGAGAUUCAAGCGGUUGGAAGACAACCAGGCUGCUUGUAUGGAGCAGGCUGAAAAAUACGAAGACAGCCAUCUGGGAGGCUACCGCCGGGUCUACCCCAGUGACGGAACGGAGCAGUAUGAAAAGUUCUUCCAACAGUGCAGCUCUUUGUUUCAAGAAACUGCUGCUUCAAAGGCAAGAAAGGAUUGUGCUAGGCAGCAGUUGGAGGAGCUGCGUCUGAAGGAAGAGCAAAAGGGCAUUCUGAAUGGGAAAAAUCCAGAGACUACGGACAGUAUCCCUAUCCCCGGGGCAUUAGCAGUUGAAAAGUCCGUCGCAUGUAAACUAACAAAGAGGCCUCCAACGUGUCCUCCUAAUUCCAUUAAGAGGAUGGAAAAAAAGGCACAAUGUACCCCCCCACUGGUAGUGCGCCAGAAAGCAGAAAGUGUAUCUAUUGUUCCUUUACCUAAACCGAGGAACACAACAACAUCACACGCCAAUGCUCAAGCCGCUGCCAGCCGUCAAUCCUAUAGGGGUUUUCCUAGACUCUUGCAGUCAGGAGGAGGAGGCUCUCUAUCACCCCAGUAUUCUGCGCAGAGACAUGCACAGCAGAGACCCGUAACAUCGCAUGGGGUGCAAAAUGUGCGGGCAACUGCUGCUAUCAGUGAGCCAGUUAAACCACCAACACGUGACAGCCAGAGGAGUCUCUCCAGUAACAAAAACACGGCUGAACACAGAGGUACAAGAUGCAAGAAACCAUCUGGUGUUUCUUCUGGCUCUCUUAAGAACAGUCCCCAUGGUGGAAGAUGCCCUGACGCACCUCGAAGCGUUUUCCCCCCUGUUCCUAGAGGAAAUCGCUCCUUAGUUGCUGCGUCACCUACUGCUCCAAUUACCCGACGCAAAUCUUAA